CCUAAAACAGCUCACGCUAGCUCCCUCAAACCACCUCCCGCGCUUAGCUACUUAAUAAGCAGUUGUUUAGCCACCUAAUUAGCUAGUUAAUUUCGCAGCUGUAUCGAACAAUGCAGUACGGCGCGGCGGCCGAGCAGGCGUGGUACAUGCCGGCGAUGCCGGUCACCUUGGCGGCGGAAACGGCGGCGGAGCGGGUGGAGCGCCUGGCGUCGGAGAGCGCCGUGGUGGUGUUCAGCGUGAGCAGCUGCUGCAUGUGCCACGCCGUGAAGCGCCUCUUCUGCGGCAUGGGCGUGCACCCCACCGUGCACGAGCUGGACCUCGACCCGCGCGGCCUCGAACUGGAGCGCGCCCUCGCCGACCUCCUCGGCGGCGCCGUCCCCGGAGGAGCCGCACCGGUCGUUCCCGUCGUAUUCAUCGGCGGCAAGCUGGUCGGCGCCAUGGACCGCGUGAUGGCCGCGCACAUCAACGGCUCCCUCGUGCCGCUGCUCAAGGAGGCCGGCGCUCUCUGGCUCUGAGCGCCACGAUAUUGUCAGUGACACCGUUACUGGUUGGGGCUAAUAGUAGGAUAGAUGUUUACAUCCACAAAGGUCAGUUAAUUAUAGAUCACUGGUGUGCGUGUGCGUGAGUGUGAGAGAGUGAGAGGUCGGUGUUUUUUUUUUACCACUACUGCCUCCGUCUUGUUUGAGCUUCUGGGAGCUAGUGCGUGCAUGCUUGCACUACCAGUCUACCGGGUGUAUGUGCGUGUGUGCAGUGUGCUCGAUUGGUGCUAAAGAGAUCUAGUGUUCAUCUCCCUUUGAUUAGUUAUUUGGCUUGCCUUGUUUAAAAGUUCUGUUAGUCGUGUGUUCAUCCUUUGGCAUUUUGUCUCGUGUGUCCUUUCGUCGUUAAUGGUCAGAUGCUGGCUUCAGAUUU